AUGCGAGCAAAGACAUCCAUCGCGCAUAUUCAGGAGAAAGUCAAUGCAGACGCAGCCCGCUAUUGUGGUGCCUUCAAUGCAAUCAAUUCACUGUCCGUCUUGCUCAACGAACCUUCAAGACCCCACAGCUUGGCCCUGCUGCAAGAGGAAGACAUGUGGGGAAUGACGGAGGCUGGAUUGGGUGAGACCCAGAGCUGCAAGAAGCUGCCUUGGAUAUGGUGGACACAUGGUGUGGGGGACACCAGCACGACGGACGCCGGUGUCAAUGAAGAGCUCCAUAUCAAGUGGUGCAAUGCCCGUGCUCAGGCUUAUCGCUGGAUUGAGGAAUGCUACCAGUUACCUGAGGAGAUGUGGAGAGUCAUCAGUUUUCAUGAUUGGAUGUGGUGGUGGUGGAUGGAGCAAAUUGACACGAUUCCAGCACGAUCGCCUGAACAUUUAGAAGGUGCCACUGCAUAUGCAUACCAUCAAGCAAAAAUCUGGGAGUCUAUGAGAGAUCACUGCAAGUCUGUAUGGCACUGUGUGCCUGCCUGGCUGCAGGCGGGAGGCGACGUUACCGUAGCUGUGGAUUCUGCCGAGGUUACCCUUCCGGAAAUGGGUCUGGUGAUUGGACCUAUGGACAUUCUUCCACCGCACACAUAA